AUGCCGUACACAGGAAGAGAUCCUGAGCAUACCUUCGACCUGUUUGCACGAAGUGCUCGAGAUAGCCUAACGCCGAACAGCACUCAGCGAACCACGUUGAUUGUUGCCGCUUGCUAUAUUGUGGCGAUAGCUAUCCUGUGGCAUGUUCCGUAUCUGUCGUACAUUAUCUACCCGUUCAAACUGCUCACAGUCGGCUUCCAUGAGAUGAGCCAUGCUUUCAUGGGCGUGCUCACCUGCGCGCGCAUACACUCUAUUGAGCUCGACCCGGACGAAGGCGGCGCGACGCGCAUGUCCGGGGGCAUACCUUGGCUCACUCUUCCUGCGGGUUACCUCGGAUCGUGUUUCAUAGGUGCAGCCCUGAUUGUGUGUGGCUUUGAUACCAACGCCAGCAAGGUCGCCUCUCUUGUGAUGGCUGCUUUCUUCAUCUUCACCCUGUGGUGGGCGCGCAGAGACUGGCUGACAUGGGUACUGAUUCUGGGCGUGUCUGGACUAGUCGUGCUAUUCUGGUUUGUCGAGGGCGGAGUUGCCCUUAGAUACUUCAUCCUGUUCAUAGGAGUUAUGUCCUGCAUGUAUGCUCUGUGGGACAUUGUAGACGACACAAUCGAACGAAAGGUGAACAGCUCUGACGCGUCCGCGUUUGCUAAAAUCUGUGGCUGCUUCCCUUCUCAAGUAUGGGGUGUCAUCUGGCUCUUGAUUGCAUUCGGCUUCUUCGUCGCUGGGAUCCUCAUCGGGAUAGUCGCAUUCAAGGAAACCGCUGCGCAGCAAGCUUCGGAUGCGAAGCAUUUCCUGCCGGUCCCGGGGGCACCUAGCGCCGCACUCAGCAUGUCCACAUCGCCGCAUAUCGUUGCAGUGUCAGUGGCGGCUGCCUGGAUACUCAUUCAAAUGAUGUGA